AUGGAAUCGCCGGCCGAUUAUGAUGAAUGUCCACUGGAUAGUGACGAUAUAUAUCCCUGCAAGGGCUGUGGUGAUAUCCUUGAAGAAGGAAAGGCUUUUGAGCUCGCUGGGAAUCGAUGGCAUCUCAACUGCUUUCGUUGCAAUACCUGUGGGACUCUUCUCGACUCGGAUGCAAACCUUUUACUCCUUGGUGAUGGCUCGUUAAUCUGCAAUAACUGUACCUACAGCUGUAGCGCUUGCAACAACAAAAUCGAAGAUUUAGCAAUACUCACCGGUGAUCAAGCGUUUUGUGCCUCGUGCUUUCGAUGUCGAAAUUGCAAACGCAAGAUUGAGAAUCUUCGAUAUGCCCGCACUUCGCAGGGUAUAUUUUGUAUGAGUUGUCAUGAGUCACUCAUGGCAAGGAGGAGGAAAAAGUCUAGGAUUACAGCAAGCAACAAACAGAAAAAAGAAGAUCAGUCAUCAGUACAAGUCGACAAGCUGUUACCUGCUUUACCUCCAAAUGCUUCGCUCCAGGGAGUUCUCUCGGUAGACCGCCAAACCCCCGAUCCUUUGGAUCCUGACGCUCGUACUGAACUUUCUCCAAGGCCUCGCCAAGCGUACUCACAGAAUAAUUCUUCUUCCCGGAGCAGUUCAAGGCGGCCUCAUGAACGAGUACCAGAGUCGAUGCCUGUAGAAGAGCAUCAACUGGAUAGUUUAAAGCUUCCUUCCAAGACAUAUCAGAAAAACCGUCACUCUGCAAUCUCUCAGGCAUCUGAUCUAAAUGAAAAUGAUGAUAAUAGAGAGAGUUUUCUCAUUCCACUCACUCUGGAUACCGUAUCGACGCCAGAGACCUGGCAAGAUCCAUCAAAAAAGUCUAAAGAGAAUAAUAAGUUACUCGAAAAGGAUUAUUUCGCCCAAUCAAGGGGAAAAUCUAGUCAUCAGAGCUCUACUGCGUCGACUCCCCACAUCGCUCUCCAGGACCGUGGCCGCGAGUCGUCGAAUGAGACAUAUCAGAUAAUCGACAGCCUAUGGAAAGCACAGUCGAGUGGAAAACAAACAAUGGGAAAAAAACAAACCGCUCAUGUCGGUGGUGAUGAUGCUCGAGCACAGCCAGCUAAAACAGUGAGUACAGUAACCCCGAGCAAGAAUACACAGAACAACAAAGAAUUCACAUUAAGCAAGCCCCCUCAAGGAAAAAAGCUCGGAACAAGGUGCGAGUCGCCUUCAUUAAAUCGCGACACAAAUAGCCUGGGAUCAGUAGUUGGUGAAGGAAUCUCAGAAACGAAUUUACGGAGAGAAAAUACAAUGAGACCCGAAUCUGUCAGAUCAGCCCCAUGCGAGGAGAAAACACUUCCUUCGAGGUCCUCUCUAGAACUAAGGGCAAGAGACGAUUAUGAAGUUCGCCCCUCCUUUGAAUCACCUCAUUCUACUUCUACUAUCUCUAAACCCACAUCAGGUGGCAUUACCAGAUCCAAGUCAAGGAGAGAAAUGACAAGUAGCACUUCUAGUAGAAACACUACUGGACCUGGAAACUGUUCACCAGGCAAUAAUUCUUCUCCUUCUUCUUCAUCGUUAGAUAGUCCGACACUAACUUCGACCGGGCACUUGAAUACAGUAUCUAUAUCGUCAGAUCCUACAUCUCUAAUUUCAAAUGAUUUAGCGCCCCCUACAAAUGUACCAAUACGACCAGCACCUCUACAUCAGCCACUGAGUAAUACCUACCUGUCACCUAGAGCUCCGCCAAUACCAUCACAAGCUGCUGUUCUGGCUGCUAAAGAGAUAACAAACACACUAAAUAUCGCGCCAAGUGCGCAGGGCUUACCUCGGUGGAGCCAAUCUGGCGGAGAUUUCACAAUGGAUGAAGAUUUUGCUCGUAUUCUAGGCGAUUCAGACGAUCAAUCUCAGUCUCUACUACGUCGAGUAUCAAAUAUAGUUCGUCAUGGCAAAAAUACAAGCGAGGCCAGCCUUGCUGGAACACCUGGACAUGGGCGUAGUGCGAGUGAAGCUACGACUCGAACAAAUAAUUCUCCUCAUUGGCUAAAAUUAUCAAUAUCCGAAGAUUCUAUCCCUAACGAUUCCAGUAGCUUGUCGCCCGAUCAGCCUGCACUACUACGUAAGCAACUUCGUCACUCGGAGCAACGUGUUGCAGAGCUAGAGCACAAGUUCUCAAAUGAAAAGGAACUAAAAUCUUUGAUCAAGAAGGUUCAAGAAAAACGUAAGACUGUUUCCGUCUUAGAUUCUCAGACUGAAAUUAUGAUACGCCAAUUAGAGGUCUUGACUAAAUACUUGGAAAAGGCUCGUGAUACAGACUUACCUCUUGAAGUUAAGGAUCUAGAAGAAUCUGCCAUCAAAGACUUCAUCAUUAAGAUGGAAACUAUUAAGCAGUCGGUCACUGACAGUAUCGAACAACUAUACGAGGAGCGCAAUAGUUUACUGGAAGAGAGAAAUAAUAUUGCGGCUGAUCGAGAUCGAGCUUUGAUGGAGUUCGAACAGCUUUCAUCGAAGAAUGCACAGCUGGCAGACAUGAAUAACGAUCUAACGUAUCAAAUUCAAGAAAGAUUCAAGACUCAAACUAGCUUUGACAGUCCUAGAAUGCCUAGUAAUGGGCUGGGCAUUCACACCCUUCCAAGUAAAGAUAAACUUACUUUAUCGAUGCAUUCGGACGAUACUACGUUGCGCCCCGUCACCAGCAAUACAAUUUUAGGCUCAGGAAGCUCGUAUCCACAGGUCAUGGAGCAAGACUCUAGUAUAGAUCCAUCGGCUGUGUUAUCUGCACCUCACCUCGUUAACAUUCGCAAAGGCCAGGCCACCAAAAAAACAUUCAAUUGGAAGAGAGGACGCCAAACCGUUGCCAAAGGGGUAACCAAGGGUAUUAAGGGCGCCUUUUCUUCAAAUCAGCAGCCAAAUCAGCAGCUAAUACAAGAGCAAGCCAGGUGGCAAUCCCAGACAGGCGACGAUAUUGGACUACCAUACAACUUAACAUUAAUGGCUGUAGACUCUUCAACGUCUACUCAGUCUAUGGGUACAUUACGAAGUGUUCCAAACGAUCAAAGAAAUCAAUCUGGAUUCGGUCUUUUUAAGAAAUCGGCUACCAUGUCCAAAAUUUCCUCAAACGGGAACCACGCAAUGUGCGAGAAACCGUCGAUCCUCUUUGGCUCCGAACUAGCCGAACGAGCUGAUUAUGAACGACGCCAAAUUCCGAGUGUGGUUACCCGAUGUAUCGAAGAAGUCGAACUACGCGGAAUGGAUAUUGAGGGUAUCUACAGAAAAACUGGUGGUAAUAGUCAAAUCAAGGUCAUUCAAGAUGGAUUUGAAAGAAUGGAGGACUUCGACAUUUCUGAUCCAAGCUUGGAUAUCACCGCAGUCACGAGCGUAUUGAAGCAGUACCUUCGCAAAUUACCAACACCCUUGCUAACAUAUGAGGUUUAUGACCGUAUUCUAGAUUCAAACUCUAUCGAGGAUCACCACGAGCGUUGUCUACAUUUAAGGGACACAUUUAGUAUGCUUCCACCCAAGCACAGGGACUGUCUUGAGUUCUUAAUAUUUCAUCUUUCCCGGGUAGCUGUGAGAGACAAAGAAAACUUGAUGAGCUCUAAAAACCUUGCCGUCGUAUUUGCGCCCACUAUCAUGCGGGAUAACAGCAUAGAGCGUGAAAUGAUUGAUAUGCAUGCAAAGAACACUGUUGUCCAAUUCAUCAUCGAGAAUAGCUAUGAUAUAUUCAGUGCACAAUGA